CAGCUUCCGGAGUACGAAGCAGCCAAUCACGUGCGCAGCUUGCAGUCUAUGGACCUGAGAGGGCGGAGUUAGGCGCUCAGCGUGUCAGGCCCAUUUCCACUGCCCCUUCUAUUUGUUUUCCUGUCUGGAAGCCGCUUCCGUAUUAAAGCCUCAGGGCCUAUGUGAAAAAUGGCUUGUACUCCGACAUGGUACUGCAACUCACUGCCAGUUGAAAAGAUGGAAGCCACUUUAUGAGAAAUAGCAGAGACACAUAAGUAUUUAAGGCUUACGUAACUUGCCACACCCUGUAUAGUGAUGAUACAGAAUUGGGAAAUAUGGAAAUUAACAUUGGAGAGCAGCUUAACAAGGCCUAUGAAGCAUACCGUCAAGCAUGCAUGGACAAAGAGCAGGCUGUGAAGCAAAUGCAACAGAAGCUGGAUAUUUGUGAACAGCAACUUCAUGACCAAAGUAAACAAAUUGCAGGUCUUAAAAAAUACAUCACUGUGCUAACAUCACGGCCCUCCACUGCUAUUGAUCCAGAGAAAGGUGGUGUCCAUGCCCCACCACAGUCUCCUAAGCCAGGGAUCACUGAGGGCUGGAAAAAUGAGGGCGCUAAUAGUUUUUCAUAUGAACAUCUCCAGGAAGAGCUGAGCAUUACCAUGCAGAGAGAAAAGCACUAUAAGGAGCAAUUGGAGAAUGAAAGGUUCAAGUUGAGGAAACUGGAGGAAUCCCAGAAGGCCUUUGAGUCAGUUGUGCAUAAAAAAAAUGAGGAGAUCAGUAUUCUAAACAUUCUCUUGAAACAAGCUAACGAAAGACACAUAUCAGAAGAUUAUAAGCAACAACUCGCCCUUGAGGGAGCGGUGAAAAAUAAAAUGUUGCCAGAUCCCAAAGGAGCUGUCUCUGCCCUUGACUACACCAGGCAAGGCAUUGAACACAUUUUCUCAGAAAUGAAAGAGGAAUUCAGUCACAUUUGCAGGUUAACAAGAAAACAAAGCCUACAGCUCAACACGUUUGUGUUGAAGAAGGAGAAUUCUUCUGAAAUUCCUCUACAAUGUUCCAUGCCUAUUCAGUGCACGGAUGAACCAAACGAGGAAGAACAAGACCUGGCAACAAAUGUUAAAAGUGAUAAAUUGCCUUUUGGAUCUAUGACCCCUCGUGGACUGGGAGCAGACGAUGAGAGCAUUUUUGUAGAAUCCCUUUCAGAAUUCAGUGUCAAAUUCCCGCCGAACGAUGAUGACUCCGAAUUCUUACAAAGCACCCCCGAAAAGUUACCUAUACUGAAUCCUGUUUUAAAUCAACAUCCUAAUCAAUUACAGACUCAAGCACCAAUUAUUGGAAACGACUUCAGUACAACGCAGCCAAAGACAACAGAUACUCACCACUUAGCAGGGGUUUCUUGUAACCUGGAAAAUGUAAAUUAUCCCGAUUUGGGGAAUAAUUGCCAGGGCAGCAAUUUGCAAACUGCUGAGGACAGUGACCUUCUUCAGGCUGUUUAUAGCCCAGUGAGAAAAUUCAAAAACACUUUUUAUAGUCCUGAAAUCCCAGAUGCUCCUGAAUCCGCAGAAACACCAGAAAGGACAGUUAGAGGACCACAUCAGGAUGUUUGGAAGCCUGUUCUGCAUCAAGAGAAGGAUGUUCCAGCUCCAGGUUACAGAAAAUGGGAUCAGAACAGCUCUGAUGUUUGUGAGUUCUGUAAGGCUGUUUUCCCAUCUUCAAGGAGAUCUCAUGAGGACUUUUUUAGGCAUCUUAAUUCACACUUCAACGAUGGACAACCAAGAACAAACUUCCUGGAGUAACAGUGCAGAAACAUUGAACCUGUCCAUCUUCUUGCGCCAUGCUAUUUUAUUCUAAUUACCAUUGCGAAUACUGUAGGGCAUAUAAUUAUUUUAUAUUAUAGUUUGUAUUAUAGUCACUGUUUAUUUGUCUGAUUGGAAUAGCUUUUCAAAUAUAAAAUAUCUCUGGGUAGAAACCUUAAAUAGGAAUAAAUGUGAGUAUAUUUAGGCUAUUUAAAGUUCCAUAUCCAAAGAAACAUUGUUCAUGAGUAGAGAGAGGUGUGUGCCUUUACCUAUUCCCAUAUAUAAAACUAACUGCAUCUAACAUGAUUGUGUGUUAGUAUGUAUAUAUCUGUUCAAUAGAAACAUAUCUUCAUAAAUAAGAUGAAAGAAAUAAACUAAAAUCUGCAUUGAAAAGGUAAUUCAAGUAACUGUGUGAAAACAGACUGAAGGAAGGGCUAAAAUCAGCAUGCAGCCAAUCAGAAUAUUAGAAUGGACACAGUGCAAAAAACAGCUGCUACAUAAAGUAGAAACAGGACUAACAUGUUUGUGAAAAGCUUCAUCUGAAAUGUAUUUCUCUCUUAAUUUCCAAGUUUGUCUUUUGAAAGUUAAAAAAGUGAAAUUGCUUAAAGGUAGGACUCCACAAGUGCUUUUCAUCAGAUUUUGUGGGCCAGACUUUAUCUGAUCCAACAUGCAACAGCACAAGAUUUUGUAGGAUCUGAUGACGUCAGGUCGCGACGAAAACGUCCGUGUAGUCCUACCCUUAAGCUAGAAUGUAAAGUCGGAUCAGAUAAAGUCUGAUGGAGUCUUUUCUACAUGCGUUUACAUCCGACAGUCAAUAUAUUUCAAUGAGAAACAUGUCUUUCCGACACCAUCCGUUUUUAUCUUGUUGGAUAAAGAUUCAGAGUUCACAUCCGACAGUCGUGUCGUGUCUCGAAAAAUUUACAUGUAGUUUACGCAUCAGAUUUUUCUAUCUCAUAUUUUGACCCAUGCGACUACAUCAAUCUUGUCAGAUGCAUUUUGUUGAUCCGACACCAUCCAACAAAAACGCUUGUGGAGUUUAGCCCGAACACAGGUACAUUUGCUUUAAAAAGAAACACAACUAUUUAGGCUCUUAGUAUACAUUGCAAGAGUAUAUUCUUUCAAGGACACACUGUAUAUGUUUUAUAUGAAACGCAUCAUUGAAAGAAUUAAAAGAACUUAUAAACAUUGGCAUAUAAAGGUUUUUUGUAUGUUUGAUAUUUAUUUUAUGUUGCAACAGUUUUAAAAUGAUUCAUUUGUAAAGCAUCUGUAUGAGAGUAGAAUUGAAACCAGAUUUAAAUCUUA